UGUUUUUCGCACACUUUACAAAAAGUACAGAAAAUAUGGUUCGGGUUUCUAGUGAGGCACAUAAUUUCUAAAUCAUUGUUAAAACUAUUGCUUCUUGAAUUAUGGAAGAAAAACCAUUUCGUGUGCUAUUAGACUUUUCAGAAGCUAACCCGGGAGUAUCGGGAUUAAAAUACGUCUGGAUGUAUGUUUCGCCGCGUGAAUUAAAAACUAUCGAUGAUUUUAAGCAAGCUAUUAUCAGAAAAUUUUCUAUUCCUCAAGAAGGAUUCAAAUUAUAUGUCCGUGAUGGUCUAUUGUUAGAAACUGAAAAAAUUGCAAUAUUAAGAGAAGAGGAUACUGUUAAAUUUGGAGAUAAUUGUCCACAAGAUAACAAAUAUAUGUGCAUUGAAAAAUUUUAAAAAUGAAAUCAAAUAAACAGUGUAGAAAAAAAGGAUCUUCUAAUACAGCUUGAAAAUCCAUGUGAAACAUCUUUAGAAUGUAGCGCCCUAGGUAUUAACUUUUCAAUGAAUCAAGCUUCUGUUCAUUCUCUUUCUAAUAGUGUAGUUAGUCUAGAUAAAUCUCGUAAAAGAAAAAGUGAAACAUUGUCAAUGGAAAACUAUACUCUCUCAGCAAAUAGUAAAAAGAAGAAAAAGAGAAAUGAGACUUCAUGUAUUUCUGAUGAAUCGGGAGAUUUUUCUUCACACGAGAAUUUAUCAGGCUUGGAAAAAAAUUCAGCAGUCAAUACUUCACACGAUAAAGGGAAAAGUAAUAAGCAACCUGUUGGAAAAAAGAAAAGACCAUAUCAUAAGACACCCACUAGCGAUUUCAUCAAUUUUGCUGUGAAACUAUCUGAGGCAGAAAAAAAUAAUCAGAAUGUUUGCCAAUCUGAUGUGAAUGUUACAAAUGGUAAAAAAGUCGAGUAUGGUGUUUCUGACUCUAAUCUGUAUAAGACUUGUGAAUUAUUUAGUAAAACUAAUUUAAGUCCCAUACCUGAGAGUAGUACUUAUGUGCUGUCAGACAGUCAGGCUCUUUUAAAUUUGACUGAAUCCCUCAACAACAGUGGAAGUCAAGAUGAUAGCGUGAAAAGUCGCUGCAAAACGAGACGUCGGAGGAGAAAACGUAGAGCAAUUUUGACUACUGAAAGUUUAAGUUUGCCAGCAGAUGUUACAACAGAGAUGGAGGGAAGUUUUCUUUGUGAUGUUGAAUGUGAGAAAACCUAUAACACCUCCUCAAAUAUAAGAAAGCAUGUAAUAUUUCGCUCUCCUUCUCCUAAAAGCACAGACAUGUCAAUAACCAUGGAGAGUGAUCUUAAUAGCAGCUUCGAUGAUGCAAAAGUGUUGCCAAUUGGAAAAAAUAAUGUUAAAAGCAAUUCCAAACUAGAUUCUUCAAGAAACAAGUCUCUCAAGGAAGACUCUGAAAUUGAGGCUAAGUUUGAAAAAGGUUGUGAAUCUGUGAUAAGUGGGUUAAAUAAAGAAUCUACUCCUUUUCCUAAGAAAAAGUUGAAAGAGAAACCAUGGGGUGUCUCUCCUUUACCAAGAAACAGUAGCAGUUCCAAUACUUAUUCUGUGGAAAACAUUGAUGUCUCAAAGACUGAUGUAAAGCCAGCUUAUCAAAACUACACACCUUUAAAUUCCUUGCCACCUGUGGGUACUCGUUUGGCAUAUAAGGUAUUAGAACUAAAUGAAGAAUAUUGCCCUGAAGUUUCUGAAUAUAAAGAAGGAAUUUUGCGAAAAGUGGAUCCAAACACUGAUGAACUAGAAAUUGAAUUAAUUCAAGAAGAAAUUAAACCAGGAAAAUCAGGAAAGUUUGAGAACUUGUGGAAGGAUGAACCUCCUCCAGAUGAUCAAGUCAUUAAAACGGUUUCCCUAAACUGGACAGCUUUGAUAGAUCCUAGACUUAUUCCGUAAUUAACUUAGAAUUAAUCUAUUGCUUAAUUCAAUUCACAAUGUACUCAGAUUCAACUAUACAAAUAAUUGCAAUUUAUAUGUUAAUUCUAGUUAUCUGUACAUUAUUUUGUAUACAUUUGGAAUGUACCAGCUUUUCUUUAUAGGUGUACUAAUAUUAAAUUAUUAAAUACUUGUGUUCUAAUGUCAAAUACUUGUAAAUUUAUGAAAUAAAUUUAAUAAGAAUGUUA